AUGGCAUCUGGCCCUGCUCCUGGAUCACCUGCACCCUCCUCCAACAUCAACUCCCCCAUCCUCCACCCUGGCAACGGCCUUCUCCUCAAUGGCCCACUUUCUGAACUGACCUCCCGGUCCUCUCCUGCACCCACUACCACGUCUGGUCAAGGUGAUGGCCCUAGCCGUUCAAAACGUAAUAAGCGGGAUAGUCGCAAGAAACGUGAAGCAAAGGGCCUAGACGUGGAAAGCGCUCCUCCGCCCAGGAAGCGAGCAAAUGCUGCUGCUAACACCGCUAUUCCAAGCUCAGACCUACAAAUCUUGCGCCCACUCCUUCUUGCUGAGCCUCGUACCUCAGACCAUUUUCCUCCUGGGUCUCGUCAGUUUAGUCUUGUCACUCGGAAGACAUCAGAUAUAAUUGGCCAAAGCUGGGAUUUUUAUGAGGUCGUGGAUAAACUCACCAACAAGAAUGGCUUUCGCUAUAGCUAUGCCAUAGCCGACUUGGGGUUUCCUCACAUAAAAUAUCGUCAGACCGAUAUUCGCCCCUAUCAUGCCCGCUUUAGCUACGAGGAUUCUCCGGCUGCUAUCUCCUUCUCAAAAGAUGCUACGGCGGUAACUACCAGUGAUGCAUGGCACACUGCGCGGGCAAAUGUCUGUGCUCGCGAGGGGUCUUACUACUACGAGGCUCGAGUUAUCAGCGGGGUAGUCCCCAACGGUGCCGCUCAUAAUGAUGGCUCUAGCCGUGGUCAUGUCCGUCUUGGAUUCGCUCGACGUGAAGCUGAUCUUGAUGUCAAUGUGGGUGUUGAUUGCUACGGGUACGGAAUCCGUGAUGUGAAUGGGGAGGUUGUCAAUCGUAUGCGCUGCGAGUUCUUCUUUCCAAAGGGUGAAGCUAUAAACGAAGGCGAUGUGAUUGGCAUGCUCAUUACACUGCCACCAUUAUCUCUACACAAAAAGAUUGUCGAAGGCACCUACGACCCUGCUGUUGACAGCGGUGACUCCACCCCUACUUCUACCAACAUCAUUCGUGAUCGUAUCCCCUUUCACUAUAAGUCCGACUUUUGCUGGCAGCAAUCCAAUGUCUUCUCCGCGAAGCAUCUGCGUGACUAUGCCUUCAAUCUUAAGGAAACACCAACAUUUGGUCCUCCAUCUCCAUCAAAUAGUGAAGAUCCCUCGUUACGAACAUUGCCCGGCUCCAGUAUCACUAUUUUCAAAAACGGUGUCAAGAUGGGAUCCCCCUUCAAGGAACUGUACGCAUUCCUCCCGCCGGCUACUCGUUUUGCCAAUGCCACUAACAACCUUGGCAUUGGGGAACGUGAAAACGCCGACGAUGGCAUGAUCGGCUAUUACCCAGCUGUGAGCUGUUACGGCGGUGGUGCAGUCGAGUGUCGCUUCGAGGCACCGUGGUGGGUUGGUCCUCCCGCAACGACUGAUGCUGGAGAACCUAUUCGGCCAAUUGGCGAGCGCUUCAACGACCAAAUUGCAGAGGAUGUGGUUGCCGAUCUUGUAGAUGAGGUAGAGGCUAUGUUUACAUGGGGCGGUAUUGAUGGAGAUGUUAUCGCGAAUAAUAAUGCUGAGCCUGGUGCUGUUGCAGGCUCCGAUGUCCUCAAAGGUGGCCUUGACUCAAUUCCUACUCCCGGGGUAUCAGAGUCUGCAGCAAACAGUAAUCAGGCAACACCUGCAGCAACUGGAAUUGCUACGACUAUGGAGGAUGCAAUGGGUGUUGGAGCGGCUCACACGCCAAACUUUGCGGUGGAAAUCAUAGAAGUGGAUAGGCCCGCAGAUGAAGAUGUUGAGAUGACUUGA